GAAUGAGAACUCGCUGUCUCCCUCCAAACACGUCGAUACGCUCUCGUCUUGUUCCGAGUGUAAAAGUGCACACGAGUGUAACCGUAUGGAAAUGCAGGUCCGCUUGAGCUACGUUUUCUCUACACUUUGCCCUUGCGUGCGCGAUUUGACACAGUAUCAAUUCCAUGCUUGAACUCGAAUCAUCCAAGGAGAUUCUAAACUGAAAGAGAGCGAACAUAACCUCGUCCCACUCUCGACUGCACUCUACUUCGUCGUACAGUACUCCAGUCUGCUGUGCACGUUGUCGGAGGUUAUAUACUCCUUCUCCGCCAACGGAGAGGUUAUGCACGGUCGCGGAACGUACCGAACAAACGCGAGCGAUGAACAAGUUGUUGUCCACGUCGAUCAGGGAAGUUAGUCAGAGGAUCCACGGUGGCACGGUGCGACCGUCCGAGAUCUGCGAGGCAUCCGUUAAGUUGACGUCGAUCGUCAAGCCUCUGAACGCCUACAUCACCGUGACGGAUGAUGUCGCGCGAGAACAAGCGAGCGAUGCCGACGCGAGGCAACAGAGCAAUUCGUUGCUGGGGCGGCUCGACGGCAUCCCCGUCGCCAUCAAAGAUAAUUACUGCGUCAAGGGUAAACGCACCACUUGCGCCUCUCGUAUGUUAGCCAACUUCUCGCCCGGUUACGAUGCCACGGUUUAUGAGAGGCUGAGGAAGCAGGGCGCUAUCUUGAUCGGCAAGACUAACCUCGAUGAAUUCGCCAUGGGUUCUGGUACCAUAGACUCGCUUUAUGGGCCGACGAGGAAUUUAUGGGGCUCGGAGGUGUUGUCGCGCUUCUACUCAUACAAGUCCGACGCUUCGCAGGUGGCCUCUGAGGAAGCGCAGGGGAAAGAUACAUGGCGGAUAGCAGGUGGCAGUAGCGGAGGCUCCGCAGUGGCGGUAGCCACAGGUACCUGCUACGCAGCCCUGGGAUCUGACACCGGUGGUUCCACUCGCAAUCCUGCGUCUUAUUGCGGCCUGGUUGGACUGAAACCGACCUACGGCCUAGUGUCUCGUUAUGGCCUCAUCCCGCUGCUGAACUCGAUGGACGUGCCUGGUAUUCUCGCGAGGACGGUGGACGACGCUGCGCUGAUCUUGAACGCCAUAGCUGGACCUGAUCCUGCGGACUCUACCACUGUGCAGAAAGAGUACCAGCCGAUCAUUCUACCCGAGACGAUAGACCUCAGCAAUCUCAGUAUCGGUAUACCGAAGGAGUACGGGGUGCGUGGUAUAAGCGAGGAGGUGCAGGCGUGUUGGGACGAGGUUUCCCGUCACUUGGCGGAAGCGGGCGCGAACAUCGUGCCGGUGUCUUUACCGCACACCGACUACUCCAUAGUGUGUUACUCGGUUCUAAAUCGGUGCGACGUGGCCAGCAACCUGGCUUGUUACGACGGUAUCGAGUACGGUCACAGAGCCGACGAAUGGACCACUGCUCACGAAUUGUACAAGAAGACCAGGUCGGAGGGCUUCAACGACGUGGUCAAGGGUCGCAUACUGGUCGGCAAUUAUUUUCUCUUAGCCAAAAAUUACGAGGAGUAUUACGUGAAAGCGAUGAAGAUGCGCCGGCUGAUCGCGCAGGACUUUGACGUCCUCUGGGACAAUAACGUGGAUCUCCUGCUGACCCCGACCACGUUGACUGAAGCCCCCCGUUACGAUCACUUCGUGUCGUUGGACAAUCAGACGCAGUGUCUGAUUCAAGAUCAUUGUACGCAGCCGGCGAACAUGGCCGGCUUGCCGGCGGUCAACGUGCCGAUCAAGCUCUCUCGCGCAGGCUUGCCGUUGUCCUUGCAAUUAAUGGCACCGUCUUUCCACGAGCACAGGCUGCUCACCGUGGCGAAGUGGAUCGAACAGACUGUGCGAUUCCCGCGACUCGAACUGACGGAUUCGUGUUUGUUCGAAUAAAGCGGAUCUUACUUCCAGACAAUGCUGAUCCUUCAUUCGUUGCGUCUCCUCCUUGCAGUCAAAUUUUAUUUUUUCUUGAUUUUUGACACGCCCUGUUGAACGCGCGAUCGAUCGCUCACACGGGUCGCUGGUUCUUACGGCUUCGCGUAUGCAUUCGCGCCGGAGUAUCGGAGUGUUCCGGAGUGAACGUGCGCAAUUAGAACGAGAAUUAGUACGUAGAGAUUUCCUGCGGCGCAACGGCCGUAACCCUCGAGGCCGUAACGCAAACAAAUUAUACUCCAGUGUGCCAUUGGCCGUAUCUGAAAUUCUAUUCGUCGUGUAACGGCGCGUGUUCGCCUUUACAAGCAAACGAACCUCGUCUUAUUACGUCGCGCUGUAUAGUACUCUUCGCAAACGAAGUGCAAGAGAGGCAAACUACGAAACUGCGACUGCACCUUCGUGUCGCCGAAUUCAUUCGCCGGUCGGAACUCCGUGGCUACCGAUUACGAUUAGCGCGAGAGCGACUUUUCUAACAUGGUAAUACUUACAUAUAUAUAUAUAUAUAUAUAUAAAACUGUUUUCGUGUAAAUAAAGUAUACGAUGAUACCACGAGAAGAACAAUUCGCCCCUUGAGAGAUUUUAUUCCCGACCGCGAUCCGCGGUCGUUCUCGCAUCGAGUCUUCGUAAAUUUCGUGUUUGCCGUGCGUCCGUCUUGAUUCGCUACUCUCAGCGAUAUAUCCUCAUCUACCGCCGAUCGCGUUACCAUUGCAACGUUACUGUCGGGGUGUUGCACGACGAGCCUCUGACAUUUCGAGCCUCAUUGUUCCCCGGAGAGCAGUUGAGGAUGAUUCGAAUGACGGGCGAACAGCCACGCGCUCGCGCACGCCUGCAAUGCCCAUUCAUUCACGUGGCGCCUUCAGUAAUUAGUUCGUUGUGACAUUUUGGCCCGGCCUAUUGUGCACGCUUCCGAUCGAAAAAGCUAACGAGAACGGUGAGAUAUACGCGCGUCUCAUUGUUCGCCGUGUUUGCGUACGAUUUGUUGUUGCACAGUAAUUUGCAUAUUUUAAUAUUGAUACCGUCACGCGCACACA